AUGGGAGUUUCAACUGCCACAUUCCUGAAUCAGGUAGGAGUAGUCCCUCCAUUUCCUCCAACAGCAGCUCGAGAGCGGGCAUAUCCUCUAGUUCCCCCAGCAGUUCGUCAGGUGAACCCCCAAUUGGUGUUGCUUGUGGAGGCAUUACAAGCAGUGAUCAAUAACGCAGCAGGGGUGGGCGGAGUCCAAGCUCAGCCACCCCAACAUCUUCAUACUCCCCAGAGCGAGGCUCGCUUCAUCAAGGAUUUCAAGCGUUACGGACCCCUAACCUUUGAUGUUGAGAGUGAAAGAGCGACCGCAGCGGAAGAGUGGAUCAGAGAGUUGGAAGCCCUUUACACGUAUCUUGGUUGUGAGGACCAAUUCAAGGUGAAGGGUGCGGUUUUAAUGUUGAGGGGCGAGGCCCUGAACUUGUGGGACUCAAUAGCAGUGGCAGAGGAUCAUGCAAAUGUACCGAUUCCGUGGACGAGGUUCAAGGACUUGUUGUACGACUACUACUAUCCGGAAACUGUAAAAGACAUGAAGGAGGCGGAAUUCCUCCAUCUAGUCCAAGGAACCUUAUCGGUGGCACAGUAUGAAAGAAAGUUCGCGGAACUCUCCUGUUUCGCUCUAGAGUUGAUUCCCACUGAGGCAUUGAAGAUCAAGAGGUUUGUUAAAGGCUUGCGCAAGGGAAUCAGAGGCCCGGUGGAUCUUCAGUGA